AUGGCUAUGCAUAAAGUUUACCGUAAAGUGGUGAACAUGGUAGCACACUCCAGAGAUACUUUAACUUUCACGUAUUUACCCCUAUCAAGUUAUCGCAGAUGUAGCAAUUUUUUAUUUGGUAUUGUUGAUCAAUUAAACAGUCCGACUGCUAUCAAACAGGAGUUAUACAAUGCAAAUCGAUACUCACAGCAAGAUAUACACGAAUUAAAUGAUCAAGAACUAGUCAAGAUUAUGGCUGUUACGCAUUCCACUUCAUGGACAUCCAGAUCUUUCAAGCCGCUAACACUUCGAAAGUGGUUCCAAAUUAACGUGGAGGAUGAAUGUUGCCGUCGAUUGCACAAUAUGGAUAAACAACUUUGGUUAAACUUGGUGCAUAUUUCUUCCUCUCCUCAUGUUCCUAUUCGGAGCAGAUUUACUAAAGCAUUAGCCAAAAGAACUGAACGAGAAUUAGAUAGUAUUGAUGAUUUAUCGACUAUGACUAAGCUAUUUCAAUUGUUUGCUGAACGCGGUAGUAAAUUUCAAUUUCUAAAUAAAUUAGAGCAAAGAUUAGCUCGAAAUAUAAAGGAUAUUAAUCUACAAGAUAUAAUUCCUCUCUAUCAUGGCGUAGCUAAAAAUAAAACUAAACAUAAACCACUACUGUCAGCCUUGAUUGAUCAUGCCUGUCGUAAUCUUAAUCAUCUUGACGAUAUCAGCAUUCGUAAUCUAGUAUUGAUGCUCACUAAAUGUAGAGUCUUUAACAUGGAAUUAAUAUUCGACAUAGCAGCAAUUUCAAUCUUAAAGCUUUCAAAUUGGUCACCAUAUACUGUUGGAGUCAUAGCUUGGGCAUUUGCUAAACACCUCAUUUAUAAUCGCGAGUUAUUUGAGGCCGUUGGCCAGCACUUUAUGAAUAAUCAUCAACAGUAUGGUCAAUAUGAUGUUGCGCAAGUAUUAUACUCCUUUGCAAAAGUUAAUUUUAAACCGUCCAAUAGUAAAGAAUUCUUUUCUGCCAUAGAAAAUCUAUUAAACCGGUCAUAUGAUAACUAUAAUCCAAAGUUUUUAUUAAACAUUGCAUGGUCUAUGGCGAUCUUGCAACGGUAUCAUCGUCCCCUCUUUGCUAAGGUAUUCGAUCCAACCUUCUUACAAAAAUGUCAAUCGAAUUCCGGACUAAGCCGUGUAGAUAAGGUGCAGUUAUGCCAAAUAGACUUAGCAGUCAAACUGGAAUACGGAGAUGGCUCUUCCGAGUUUUCUUUGCCAUUACCACUACGAAAUCAAAUUAUUAAAACUUUGGCCAAUUUACAGCGGAUAACAUCGACGAUAGAGAUUGAGGUUCAGCAGGCUAUGGAAAGAAUUUUUGGUGGUAAACAAUACUUUGGUUCUGAAAUAUCUUUAGAAUGUGGGUACAGCCUCGAUAUGGCGUUUGUUUUGGAUGACAGAAAUCGGGCUCUAUUAUGGCGUGAUUUUGAUAGUAUCCGUCUAAAUGAGGACAUCUUUGCUGUCCUUGAUACUAAGCGGUAA